AUGGACCACACACCGGGCUCGAGGCGGCUGAUAGUCGGGGAGUGGCGGUGGUUCGACAAGCCACCUGAAGAUGCCGGCACCCAAGACAUUUGCAACUCGUCUUGCCGUCUUCGUACAUGUAUGGGGAUGCCGUGCCACCACACCUGCAAAGCAAUGGCAGUUCGAUUUGAGGUCAACGUCGAUUUGUGGAUUUGUCUCGCCGCGAGCCACCUUGUGAGCGGACCGGGAUGCACUGUCUCCACGGAGUCAUGGCGCAAGCGGGCCCAGGCACCAAGUUCCCAUUCGGGAAUGUCGUCAAGCGGCGCCGUUUUGCUUCCUCCGCACUUUUUUGCUUUUGUCAUGGGAGACUUUCGGAUGCUGAGGCGCGUCUUCCCUGCCCGCGCUACGACCGGAUCGGGCGGCGCAGCCCGGGCCCCCCCUAGCUUGCCCCCCACCGGCUGUGGGAACUCGGCUCCCGCUGUGAGCCCCCCUGGGCAAGAAUCAUCAGCAAGAAACGCACAUCAUCAAUGA